CUGCAGCCAUUGUCUGAGGCAGAAGAGAGCCCAGAAAGAGCUCCCUCUCCCAGUCUUCCCCGUUCAGCACAGUAGUCACAGCCUGCACAUCAUGCAGCUGGUGGCCAGCCUGGUGUCCGUUCUGCUGCUGGCGUGGAGCGUGAGAGCCACUGCACUGCCCGGCGAGGAGAGGCUCGCAAUACAGAGCACAAGGGAGCAGAACACAGUCCGGAAAGAGGCCAUCCUGAAGGUGCUGGCAGGGCUGCUGGACAGCGUGGACGCGGGGCGUGAGCUGGGCGCCCCGGACAUGGAGGAGGAGAACAAGCUGGAGGAGGAGCGGGCGGUGCUGGGGCGGCUCGCCCAGCUAUCGCAGCGGGACCGCAAGGCUCCCUGCAAGAACUUCUUCUGGAAAACCUUCACCUCCUGCUAGUGCUGCCCAGCCUGGCCCCGCUGGCUGCACAGCCGCAAACACCCACCUCUGCCCUCAGUUGCCCUGUCCCCCAAGCUCCUUCCCUUUCCUUCUGCACCCCUAAGAAUAAAGCAUGGCCACCUGGGGA